AGAAGAUCUCUCAGCGCGAAAUAACUCAGGGAGCUUGCGUGCUUUCAUGUCACGACUGUGGGAUCGGUUCUCUAUUAUACAACUCGCUGUCGCCAACGGCAAGAAAUCAUCCAACACAUCCGCGUUUGCAAGAAAUGCCGUGAUCAAUGCUAGCUUUGUGACCGUGUUGCUGUAGAUAAAUGACGCUUUUCGAAGUCGACACAAAUUUUAGUUGGUGUCACCAAUGAAGAAGAGAACGAGAUCAAGCGGUGACGGAUCGAAUAGCUUCGCUUUAGCACGCAAUAUUCGUGAUUUUUUUCUGUGCAUGUACAUACUGAAGAACCGAAACAUGCUACCCGUGUUCUUUAUCUACAUCUAGCUCGUUUCGGAUAAACCAAGCCAGACAACAGCACAGUCGCUGUCAAUGCUGAUAAUCUUCCAACUCGCUUGCAGAUUUUGGCUUUUCCAAUGGGUUACACAAUAACACACUGGAUAAACCAGUUAAGACACAAAGGAAAACAUUCCUGCUGAAUGGUGCCGAUUCUCGUUCAUUUGCAAAACUUCUGGCAAACGGACCCCCAUCCGUCCUCGCGCUCGACUUCCACCCGGCCGAAAUGAACGAAGGGGGAAGGUGCUGCGCAGCAGUAUCAAUGAGGGUGUUAAUAUACCGUAUCGGGUGAAAUUUAUGCCAUUAUUAGCUUUAUAAAAAUCAUGACAUGCAAUGGUCAAUCGAACACAUUUUCCACCAAUCAAGUCCAUGUUAUUUGCCCAGUCAUUUCCCCGUCAAACGCAGCUUCGCUCAUCAUGACGGACUCCAUGGCUUCGCUUGUACGCUGUGUGAUCUUCGGGCGACAAGGCGACGCCGAGCUGGCCGAGGUGCUAGCCUUUUUGCGCGGCUUCAGUGCUCUCUAUGGCUCUGGUUUGGCACUGCACAGUGAGACCCGUGCGAGCGCUGCGGAGGUGGAGGCACUAGUCACGCAAGAGCUCAAGAACAACCCCGUCCAAGUGAACGAUCGACAGAAUUCGCUGCCCGACCAAGAGAACGAGUACGAGCAGGGCGAGCUAUUUGCGCGCAUCUCGACGGACCAGCAAGAGUUCAUAGUCUUUGGUAAGACAGCGCUAAUGCAGUGGAUGAAGCAGCAGCUUCUCGAAUCCCGAUACACUGCGGCGCCCGCUCCCGCUACUCAAGAGACGCCACCGCUGCGGUUGUUCAUCAGUGGAGACCGAGCUCAGGUCGGCAAAUCCACGGUAUGUCUGGGCCUGGUGGGCGCGCUGCUGCGCAGUGGCUACGCUGCCGGUGACAUCGCGUACAUUAAGCCGGCUACGCAGUGCGAGAAACCGCAGUUAGUGACCAAAUUCUGUCGCCAACAGGGCAUCACAUGCUGUGAAGUGGGCCCUAUUUUGUUCUAUAAGGGAUUCACACGGGAGUUCCUGAAGGGUGAGACCGACACGUCGGCUCAGUUGCUAGAGAAGGCCAAACAAAAGGUGGACGAAGUAGGGAGAGGCAAGAAGGUCGUGGUCGUGGAUGGUGUUGGAUACCCUGCUGUGGGGUCCAUUUGCGGCGUCUCUAAUGCUCAUGUAGCCAAGAAGUUGGAGGCACCAGUUGUGCUAGUUGGCAAGAAAGGGGUGGGCGACGCCGUGGACUCGUUCAACCUGAACGCGACGUUCUUUGAGAGUUAUGGCGUGAAAGUGCUUGGAGGUAUCUUUAACCGCUUGCCAGAGGACGGUUUCUACAGUCUCGAACACUGUAAAGAGAAUGUGACGGCGUACUUCGAGCAGUUCCAACCCGAGAAACACGUCUACGGUUUUCUCCCUGAGCUGACGGACGGCGGACACAGUGCACUAAUUGCUGAAAAAGCAAGUGAGGAAGGACAGAAAGAGCCUGAGCCUGGUGUAUUUCUCACAGUUGCAGAGGGUCAGUUAGCCAAGAAUGUCGUGGAUGCGUUUGUUGAGAGUAUUGACUUGACGAAGCUGCUCGUGGACACGGAAGCGAAUCAAGGAGUUAAGGCUGUCAGCUCCACCGACUCGAAAGCUGAAGCUUCUAAGACAAACGCAAAGAAGCCGAAGCGCGCUCGCAACUUUGAAAUCCCGACUUCGUUUGAGACUGUUGCUCUUCCAGCCUUUGACACAGCUGUGGCUCCUACUUCUCAUAGUACAGUGGAGAUCCCCACAUCAACGGAGACUAUGGCGCUUCCGUCGUUUAAUAGUAUGGAGAUCCCUACAUCCAUGGAGACAAUGGCUCUCCCUUCGUUCGAUACGGUCGAAAUACCAGCGUCGACGGAAACUGUACCUUUGUAGCGGGAGGCCUAUCAAUUAUCACGAACACGUAGCAAAGGGUUUAAACAACGCUACGCUGGAGCCAUCACACUGAAAUGUACUAGUACAUGUAUUUGGUUCGUGCUUGCAUGCAUUCGUGAUUGCUGUUAUUGUUAUUGCGAUCCAAAAGUGCUGUACGCGGCGACGCAGCGUUAUUCUUGCGGUCAAGAAUCCCUCAGCAAAAGGCGUCCUGACAGUUCAGCGCUCUGAAGGUAGGUUCCGGACGCAUUAUUCUCAAUUCGAAGGUAUCCAAUGCUAAGCCUCCACGCCACCCUGACCGAUGAUAAGUGAUCUUCACAUCACGCGAAUCACAUCUACGCCUAGAACUACCGAGCGGAAAACAAUGCUCAUAAUUUAUGAGGCAUAAAGUAGCUACGUUUAGCAAAUUUAUUCGUUGGUGCGCAAGUGGGGAGGAAACUCCGAGUUUUGGAGGCAGCGACGGAGGCACUGUGGCAUGUUCCCGACAAAUAUCACAGGAUAACGUGAUACUAUUGCAACGAAACGCAACGUUCUCCAUCUUUAGCGAAGGCGAGAUCUGCCCAGUGCGUGUGUCUACAGUGUCUACACAGCGAUAUUGCGGAUCGUUUUUCCAUCGAAUAGUCCACAACUGUCGAUUGUUGUGAACGACAAUAAACCAGCGCUCACUUGUGCACUAAAGUUAGGAUUCUCCAAGUGACUUACAAUAGAUAUGUGUGUCGG